GUCGGUAUAAGUAGCAGCCAUUGAAGAAAGCAAGCCCUGUAGUGAGUCUACAUCUAAAAUCGCAGGCGAAAUUAUUGGCCUCAUUUUCAGCACAAUUAUAUGGCAGCUGUGGCCAAUCAAGCGUGCUGUUGGAGACGCAUUUUUGCCUGAGAGCUCUGCUUUGGUCGAACUCCCACAACCAAUUUCGUCUACAACCACCAAGCCAAGCCCGCCAAAACCUGAUAUUACCAACAUACAAUGACUUCACGUAGGGUGGUGGCUACUGAGAAGACAUAUCUCGACAAUAAUGGGAAAGGAGUCUCGGAGCCCUCGAAUAUCGCCCCAGCUGUUCCCGCGUCGGUAAUUUGGAAGCUGUUAAGCUUCACGUUUGCCAUGAUCACUCUCCCAAUUGGCACCUACUUCUUUACUGUUAAUUAUGUGUUCCAUGGCAACUCAACAUAUGCUGGUGCUACGGCUGCUGUGAUGGCCAACGUGGUCCUUAUCGCAUAUGUGAUCGUGGCAAUGAAGGAGGACCAGUCAGAGCGACAGGAAGAGGAGGAGAGAAAGAAGAAGUCAAUUUAACCUUUAUUGCCAUAUCUGGGAACUGGUCGGCAAGAUUUGUUUGGGGAGGCCUUCUCCCACAGGAUGAAACAAUGAUCAUGGUAAAUUUGGUUAUCGGGAAGCCCUACCUCUAUUCUGUCAACUGCUAUUCUUUUCUUAGAGAGUUUCAUGUAGCUAGCAUAUGG